AUAACUCAAAGUCCCAUAAUCCCUUCAAGCCAUAACUCAACUUUUAUUACUAUAUAUUACACUAGUGAAACUCAAGAUUACAGCUUUAAUGGCGGCUGCAAGUGCAUUUUCAAUGAGGAGCAUGAAGGUAAGGUCAUGGCAGCGAUUUUCAAAGCAAAUUAGAGAGCAAAGAACGAGACUUUACAUAAUCUGGAGAUGUGCAGUGAUGCUUCUUUGUUGGCAUGACUAGUUUUCUGGUUCUAGCUAGAUCUUAAUGUUGAAGGGUCAACAACUACAACGGCAAUGGAAGGCUUAAUCAAGUAACUGACUUUGUUAAAUGAAUGGAAGCUUAGAUGUUGAAACAUGGUUUGACUGGAUCAAUGUGUAUAUUUGAAGCCUGUAGAAUCUGUCUGAUCUAAUUCUUAGGAAGCUGAAGAAAUUAGGGUUUUAGAAAGCAGGGGAAACGUGCUGUGUAUUUUAUGUGUGAAAUACUUGUACUAUAGAAAAGAACUCUGAUGAUGGAUGCUUUUCUCCACUUUUUAUAUCCAAUCUCUGUAAAACAGCCCUCUUUCAGCUCUUUUUGAGGUUUCAUUAAAACACCCACUAACUUCAAGUUCAUGUAUAAUGAUGCUUUAUGAUCUGCAACUUUGAGGAAUUUGGGACUUACUGUGGUACUCAAUUUUGACUACCCAGAGAUUCAA